AUGCAUAGACAAUCCCGAGGGCACGGGAGACAAAGGGAUGGAGAGGAGACAGAAAGAAAACAACGCAAAAAAUAUUUAAAAAAAGGAGGCAGAAGAGGAGACAGGAAGGAGACAGAAGAGGAGACAGAAAGAAAAGGAGACAGAAGAGAAGCCAAGCAAGGGGACAGGAGACAGCAAGGAGACAGAAAGGAGACAGAAAGGAGACAGAAGAGGAGACAGAGAGAAGAGGAGACAGAAGAGGGGACAGAAGGGAGAGGAGAUGGGAGACAUAAAGGGGACAGAAAGGAGACAAACAGGAGACAGAGAGGAGACAAAAAGGAGACAGAAAGGAGACAAAAAGGAGACAAAAAGGAGACAAAAAGGAGACAAAAAGAUGCAGCAGCAGCAACAGUUGCAGCAGCAACAGCAACAGCAGCAGUAACAGCAGCAGCAGCAACAGCAGCAUGCAUAGACAAUCCCCAGGGCAAGGGAGACAAAGGGAUGGAGAGGAGACAGAAAGAAAACAACGCAAAAAAUAUUAAAAAAAAGGAGACAAACAAGGAGACAGGAGACAGAAAUGAGACAGCAAAGAGGCAGAAAGGAGACAGAAAGGAGACAGAGAGGAGACAGAAGAGGAGACAGAAAGGAAAGGGGAGACAGAAAGGAGACAGAAAGAAGAGGAGACAGAGGAGGGGACAGAAGGGAGAGGAGACGGGAGACAGAAAAGAGACAGAAAGGAGACAGAGAGGAGACAAAAAGGAGACAAAAAGGAGACAGAAAGGAGACAAAAAGGAGACAAAAAAGAGACAAAAAGGAGACAGAAUCUCACCAAAGGGGACCUGA